AUGGUAUUGGAAGUAGUGAAACGAAGGCCUUUCAUGCUUCAGACUGCCUCCAAAACAUUGAGAAAUGAUAAAGAGGUGGUCCUUACUGCUUUCAUGAAAGACCCUUGGUCCUUGAUGCUUGCUUCCCCACAACUUACAGAAGAUCAAGAUAUCGCAAUGGCUGCUUUGACUUGCCUUCCGUGUAAAAACGACCCUUGGCGUCUCAUGUCUGACAAGGUUAAAAAAGAUCGUGACUUGUUAUUGAAGGCUCUUACGAAAAACAUCAGAGUGAUGGAUUAUUUUUCUGAUGAGAUGAAAAUGGAUCGAGAAUUCAUGCUGCAAUGCGUAGCGGUAACGGCAGAGGUCAUGUCAAUUGUACCAACAUCAUUUCAAAGAGACAAGACUUUUAUGAAAGAAGCCAUUCAAAGAAACGGUUGUGUCUUGAAGUGGGUGAAAGGUAGUAUUGAUCCUGAACUGGAAUUGGAAGCUGUGAAACAAAACGGAUUUGUUCUUGUCAACAAUUAUAGGGACGAAUUAUUUAGGGCAAGAAUGGAGCAUUGUUAUGUUGGUUGUUAUUUAGCACAUCUACACAGUAAUCAGAGAUUGUAG